CCAAAGAAGUAUAACUUCUAACACGUGUACAUAAGUACCUACACAAAUUCUUUUUUUAUUUAAUUAUGUUAAGUUAGUUUAGUUUUAGAUAAGUUAUGUAUUUUAUUGAAUUAGAAUAGUUUGAGAUUAGCCCGUACAAACAGACAGACAGAGAAACAAAAAAUUCGACAAAAAUCGGGACUUCGGUUCUAUCUGUCUUCUUACAUCCCCAGAUUCGGUUUCGCGAUUUUUUUUUCCUUUUUACAGAAAUUUGAUCUCUACAGAUUUAUUUUAAGUAUAGAUAUAUAAUCAAAAAAAGUAUUUAAUACCUACCUACCUACCUAGAAAAAUGUUGAUAAUCUCGGAAUUGACAUUACUUUGUUUACAUUUUUGCUCUCGAAUUAGGUACAUUUCCGACUUUUUUUCCUUUCAGGCUUUCACUAGAGUAUUGUUAUUUGAUAAGUAUUGACAUACCUAAUCUAUAGCGUUUUUAAAAACAAAAAGGUAUUCUAAUACUUAUUCAGAAGAUCUCUUUGAUCUUAGAAAAAUAGAGCUAUCAUGAAAAGUAUUUCUCGAAAUAUUAUUAGGAGGUGCAGUAGUUUAUCGCAAGUAAGGUUUAACAAUGAAUUAAGAAGCAACUUUAUACCCCAUACCCAUUUCCAAAAAACACUCUUGACCCUAGGUAGUGCAGUCGUUUCUCUUCUUGAUCCUCAUAGAGGUGAUAUGAUAGCAUGUCUAGGAGAAACGACCGGAGAAAGAGCGCUUAAAUACAUGAGAGAAAAGAUGAUAGAAUCGAAUGAAGGUGCUGAAAUCUUACGUGAUCUUCCACGCAUAAAUAGCCAGACUGUUUGUUUCAAGACAUUAGCCGAAAUGCCACAAAAUACAUUAGGGCGUGUGUAUGCGGACUUUAUGCGUGAUAAUAAUAUAACUGCUGAUUCAAGAUUACCAGUACAAUUCAUAGAAGACGUAGAGUUGGCUUAUGUUAUGCAGCGGUAUAGAGAAGUUCAUGAUCUUGUUCAUGCUACCCUUUUCAUGAAAACCACAAUGCUGGGUGAGGUUACCAUAAAAUGGGUUGAAGGAAUACAAACUCAGCUUCCUAUGUGCAUUGGCGGUGGAAUAUGGGGUGCCACACGUUUAAAGACUAAACAUAGAAAAUUGUAUCUCAACCAGUAUCUUCCAUGGGCAAUCAAGACAGGUUUAAAUGCAAAAUUUAUGCAAGGUAUUUACUUUGAGAAGAGAUGGGAGCAAGAUAUUGAUGACUAUCACAAGGAAAUGAAUAUAAAAACCUUAGUGGUUUGACUGAUGAAAAGUAUAAGCUUAAUUUAUUUGUAAACUAGUAGUUAAAAUAAUAUCAUUAAUAAAAAUGUCAUACAUAUAAUAUAAA